CUGCAAGAUCUGCGGGGACAAAUCCUCAGGGAUCCACUACGGCGUCAUCACCUGCGAGGGCUGCAAGGGCUUUUUCCGGCGCAGCCAGCAGAGCAGCCUGAGCUACGCCUGCAGCCGCCAGCAGAACUGCCCCAUCGACCGGGCCAGCCGCAACCGCUGCCAGCACUGCCGCCUGCAGAAGUGCCUGCGCCUCGGCAUGUCCCGCGACGCCGUCAAGUUUGGCCGCAUGUCCAAGAAGCAGCGGGACCGGCUGCACGCCGAGGUGCAGCAGCAGCUGGAGCAGCGGGAGCGGGAGCGGGCGGCCGAGGGGGCACCCCCCGGCCCCCUGGGGCUGGUGGGGUGCCGGGGCCACCCACUGACCCCCACCGGCACCCGCCACGGCGGGACGGAGGGCAGGGCUGCUCCCACGGUGAAGGUGGAGCCGGGGCGGCUGGAGGGGGCCAAGCGGGGCCCGGACGGGGACGGGGACGGCCCCGGCUUCUACCCCCACCCUGAUGCCGGCGGCCUCCUGGAGUCACCCACGUCCGCCGGCGUGGAGAUCGAGCACCUCACCCAGAACGUCCUCAAGUCCUACCGGGAGACCUGCCAGCUCCGCGCCGAGGACCUGCAGCUCCGGCGCUGGGACACCUUCUCCCGCGAGGAGGUCUGCGCCUACCAGAGGAAGCCGAUGGAGGAGAUGUGGCAGCGCUGCGCCGGGCGCAUCACCGAGGCCAUCCAGUACGUGGUGGAGUUCGCCAAGCGCCUGCGCGGCUUCAUGGACCUCUGCCAGAACGACCAGAUCGUCCUCCUCAAAGCGGGAGCCAUGGAGGUGGUGCUGGUGCGCAUGUGCCGAGCCUUCAACGCCGACAACCGGACCGUCUUCUUCGAGGGCAAGUACGCCGGCGCCGAGCUCUUCCGAUCCCUGGGCUGCCACGAGCUCAUCAGCUCCAUCUUCGACUUCGCCCAGAGCCUCUGCGCUCUGCACUUCUCGGAGAGCGAGGUGGCCCUCUUCAGCGCCCUCGUCCUCGUCAACGCCAACCGCCCGUGGCUGCAGGACCAGGCCAAGGUGGCUCGGCUGCAGGGACACCUGGACGUCGCCUUCCGCGUGCUGCUGCGCCGGACCCGCCGCGAGGGGCUGCUGGCCAGGCUGCCGCCGCCCGGGCGCCUGCGCGCGCUGUGCUCGCAGCACGUGGAGCAGCUCCAGGCCUUCCGCCGCCUGCACCCCGGGGUGCUGCACGCCGCCUUCCCCCCGCUCUACCGCGAGCUCUUCGCCUCCGAGCCCGAGACCCCCGGCAGCGCCCGCUGAG